AUGAAUCAUUCAUCAUCCAUUGGCGGAGAUGUCUACUUUACUGGUGUUGAUUCCGGCUUAGACGAUGACAACCUCGAUAUCGAAUUUAACAUUGAUCCUGAUAUUGCACAGCUUCCUGAUAAGAAAGCAAAGGCUGUUAUUCUUGGAGCAUCUUCCGAUCCCGUACGGCCGUCACCACCACCACUGCCCCCACCUCUGCCACCGCGCCGUUUGGUCAAUCUUCAUGACAUCUCGGCUGCUGAACUCCUCGACCACUUCCAGGAUGGGAGCAUGGGGAGUGCUUCUGGUGCUCUUCCUCCUGAAGUGGUUGAUGAUGCCAGAGGCAGCAUCUUAGGGUAUGUGACUGAACGUCAAUCUCUCAGAUCUGGAGGAGCAAACGGUGGAAUUGCUGGUGAUGAUGUGAUCACCUUGUCUCAAACAAAUCGUUCUGUAGAGGUUCGAGCCAUAGAUGAUCAUCAACUAACGGAUGUGUCCAUCAAAACCCUACCACACAUUGUCUUAACCUCUGACAAGAAUUGGGAUCCUGGUGUUCUAGACUCCAGAGUGGAUGAAUUCGAUCCCAAACCUGACGAUGGAUUGGAAGAUCUAGAUCCCAAAGUGGACGACUUUGACAAAUGGACCAACUGUAUCACUGGCGAUGGAUUGGAAGGAGCUAUGAGCCGUUUUGAUCAAGUAGAUAUCCUCAAGAGAAAUAAAACUAAAACAACCUCAAAGGAUUCUAUUUUUGAUGAAGCCAUACACUUCUUUGAAACUUUUCAGUAUGCAUCACCAUUUGAUGAACCGUGCAAGGAUUCCGAAUGUACAGAUACUGGAACAGAUUGUCCAGAUACAGGACCGGACUAUUUUGACCGCAACAUGGUAGAGUCAUCCUGUCCAGAUCCGUACUACAUUGAUCCUCCCAUCUUCGUCAUGCUUGAAGCCAAUAAAUCAUGUAGGCACCCAAGUGUUCUACUUGUUCCUGAUGCCUCUAUCAAGUUUGAUGUUGAGGUGGGACCAUUGUUCACCAAAGAAUCUUCUCAAGAGUUGACACAUGAUUUGCCAACUAGACCCCCAAAACCAAAGGACACGUUCACUAUUGAUGUACCUUCCAAACCUCGAUGCAACACAAGUCGCAAGGUUCGAUUUGGUCAUGGUAUUUGGCCCGGCAAUGGGGAGCAACCAGACACUGGACCUCCACGAAGAAACAAGCAAGAGCACAAGACUUUGCCACUAGCUGAUACUAUGGUGUACAAGAACCCAAGCUCAGCAGUGAAGUCUUGUGAACGCAACUGGGAGCGACUACGUCAAUAUUUUGCGUGGUUACCUAAGCAUUCUUUUCACUGUACUACUACUGAUCUAGCUAGAUCUCCCACGAAUGCCCACCAUGAACACAAAUAUCAUCCUCUGUCUCCACUUCCAGAGCCGAUCAGUUGCAUGGUCGUCUUGGUAGGCAUUGCCAAGCAUGAUUGUCACAACAUGACCAACAUAUUUCUGUUUCUUGAAACAAACAACGUCUUGUUACCUUCUGACAUCUGCUCUGCUCUACCACCUACCGGACUACACAAACGUCUUGUUCUACCUGAUGGGGAGGAGUUAGCGCUCCCUACAAUAACCAAAUCAAUUGAUCUAUCUGAUGGGGAGGAGUUGACACCCCCUACAAAAAUCAAAUCUAGAGACCAUAAGUCCCUCAAGACCAUUGUUCAUUCUAGUGAUGCUGAAUCAGAUAUAGAAGACGUUCUUUUAGAAGAAAAGGACCUCAUUGGACGGACUUUCCUUCUCUCACCAGAUGAUGAAGAUUAUGUUCAACAUGCUAAGAUUGUUGAGCUUAAUUACAAGCACAAUCGCAACACGGACAUUCAGCCUGCACGCAUUCAACUAUGCUUGAACAUUGAUAAAGGCAAAUAUGAACAUGUUAUGGCUUACCAUGAGAUCCACAAGUGGUCAGAAACUGACAAGGACAACCCCAUAGAUACAAAGCUGAAGCAAGUUGUAUGCCACCAUCACUACAUUCGACUUGAACAGCCUUCUUAUUACCUGGGUCUGCCUUACAGUAUGACCAUUGGAUGGAAACAUGGGGAGAAUACCCCAGAACCACUGAACAUCACUGGAGCCAAUGAAUCAGUGACCUACGCUAUAUACUCAAGAAAUCAUAACCUACCAGAAAAUCAAGGUUGUAAACUUCUUCGAAAUAUAGUGAAGGACAAGAGGAAAUUCCUUUGUCCAACCAAUCAAGUCAAGCUGAGAUUGCUACAUACUACUACACCAAAGUAUAUGUACAACUACAAGAUCCAGAAGGACCACAAUGGCGUCCUUCGACUCGACAAACUCCAUGGCAACACCAACUGGAAGCAUGCCACCAAAGUUGAGAUGGAUCUGCUUGCAACGUACAAGGUCCUUGUGGAUAUGGGGAGAGGAACCCCAAUGCCAAAAGAUCACCAAAAGUUCAGAGUCCAACUUGUCAAUGCCCUUAAACAUUUUGACAAACACAAGCCUAUGUACUGCCAAACAAAACAAAACCUAGCUGUCUAUUGA